AUGCCUCUGCAGUCUGCAGAUCUAAGUGCAGACAGUGUGAGGGACAAAAGCUUGUGCCCGACCAUAGGAUCCAGCUACAACGGUUUAGAUGCUGGUAAGAGGCAGUAUCAAAUCCAGAACGGGCCCUGUAGCUACACCUUCCUUCUUCCAGAGCAGGACAAUUGUCAGGGCAGCUACAACGACCCGGUACAACGGGACGGGCCAGAGGACAUCACCGAGUCCUUCCAGCGGCUGCAGAAACUGGAGGGUACCAUGGAGAACAACACGCAGUGGCUUCUCAAGCUGGAGAACUACAUACAGGACAGUCUGAAACAUGACAUCGCUCAAAUGCAGCAGACGGCAGUCCAAAACCAAACGGCCACAAUGAUCGAAAUAGGAGCCAGUCUGCUGAGCCAAACCGUGGAACAAUCCAAGAAAUUGACCAACGUAGAGACACAGGUAAUUAGCCAAACUACUCGACUUGAGAAGAAGCUACUUGAAAACGCACUUUCAACAAACAAGUUGGAAAAGCAGGUUAUAGUCCAAAGCAACGAGAUCAGUAAACUCAGCGACAAGAACAGUUACCUGGAGAAGAGGGUGGAGGAGAUGGAGGGACAGAGGCUGGUGGAGCUGAAGACUUUACGAGAGGAGAAACAGCAGCUGGAGGCUCUGCUGCUGAGACAGACUGCGGUGAUCGGACAACUCCAACAGCAGCUCCUCAAAGUGUCCUCCAACAACACUGCCCUCCACAACCAGCAGCAACAACUCGUGGACUCUGUCAACAGCCUCAUUCAGUCCAUUACCGUGGGCACAUUCACAGAAUCCAAAACAGCCAUGAUGAAAGACCUUCCAACUACACAUGUAGACUGUGCUGCCGUCUUUAAGUCGGGCAAUACUCAAAGUGGCGUCUACUCUUUGACUUUCCCAGACUCAACGGAGGUUAAGGUGUUUUGUGACAUGGAGACAGAUGGGGGAGGCUGGACUGUGAUACAAAAACGUUUUGAUGGCCAUGUUGACUUUCACCGUACGUGGCAAGAGUACAAAAAGGGAUUUGGAGAACCGUCUGAUGAAUACUGGCUUGGUAAUGAUUUUGUUUACAAACUGACAAAUGCCCAUUCGUACAAAUUAAGAAUUCAGCUGAACGACUGGGAAGGCAACUCUGGCUUCUCACAGUACGACCAAUUUUCGCUGGAGAGUGAGGCUCAGAACUUCAGGAUACAGUUAAAAGGCUACAGUGGAACAGCAGGAAAAAUAAGCAGCAUUGGGCAACCAGGAAGUGAGUUCAGUACGAAAGACGCGGAUAACGACAAGUGUGUUUGCAAAUGUUCCCAACUUACAACAGGAGGUUGGUGGUUUGAUGCUUGUGGACCUUCCAAUUUGAAUGGGAUGUACUACCAGCAGGGGCAAAACUCAAAUCGCUUCAAUGGAAUCAAAUGGUACUACUGGAAAGGCUCUGGGUACUCACUGAAAACCACAACAAUGAUGAUAAGACCAGCUGACUUCUCAAGCUCUCUCUGA